UCAACAAUUUCAUUUUCCAUCUAGGAAUAUACUGACCAAGGCUUAAAAAAAAGGUUAUCAUGGGUCAUGACCACCUGCAAGCAUUCGUAAGCGGAUUUAAGGUGCCAAACGAGAACUCUCCGCCAGGUACACACAGGGGCUCAAAAUGCAUCUAUCUAAGGAGUUUAUCAAGUGCGGAACACGCUGAAAGCAUAGCACUAUGGGAAGCAACAAAAUGGGCAAAGGAAAGGAAUAUGCAACAAGCAGUGUUCGAGAUGGAUUCUAAGAUUGUGGUGGAUGCAGUUAAUAAUAAAAGCUUCAACAUUGAUUGGAGACUUCGUAAUUUAAUUCUUGAUAUUAAAGUCUUUUUUAGUAGGUUUAAGUCUUGGCAUUAUGUUCAUGUGCACAAAGAAUGUAAUAAGGUAGCAGAUUCUUUAUCCAAACUUGCUAGAAUAGAAUGUGUGAGUGGUGUAUGGUUGCUAAAACCACCGCAAGAGAUCUCUGCCAAAGUGCAGGAAGAAGCAAACAUUGUAUCAACCCAUUCUUAA